CGCUGUCCUACCCGCUUCUGGUUCCCCGCCGCCCCAGUUUCUCCGGCCUCUGCUCCGUUUGGGCGUCAGCUUAGGACCCCCCGCCUCCCCCGCAGGAUUACUACCAGACUCGUCGGGCCCCAAAGCUCCUGCCCUCCCAGGCUGCCUGGGCGCAAGCGGCUCCUGAUCCUCAAAGCCUGCUCUCGCCCCACUUCACCCCCAGACUCCUGCAAUCCACUUUUCCCCUUCUCUGGCCUCUCCAAGUUCUCGCUCAGCCUCCCGCACCCACCCUCGUGCAGGCUUCCCUCCCCGACCUCCCUUCGGGCCCUUCUCUAGGGUUCCCCAGCCCCAUCCCCUUCGUACCUCUCCCCAUUCUGCGCCCGCCCCGGCAGCAGGGCAAGUACCGAGCCUCCUCCGGACACAGGCAGGAACCUGGGGUCCAGACACGAAGAUGUCCGGGGACAGGCGGCGGCCGCGCCCUUGGCUCCUGUGGCUGCUCCUGAGGUCGCUGCUCCCGUCCGAGGUGUGGGCUGGACAGUUCUGUCCCAGCGGACUCUUCCCUUGGGGAGAUCUGUGUUGCAACACCUGCCCCCCAGACUGGGGGACCUCAGAGCCCUGUGGAGAAGCUGAUGUAAACUGUAAACCAUGUCCUUCCAAUGAGACCUUGUCCUCAGAAGGCACUUCCAGGCCCUGCCAGCCUUGUUGCAGCUGCCCCAUCGGACAUUUUCUCAACCACACCAACCAUUGCCAGCCAUGCAAGGCCUGCCCUCCAGGCAAUGAAGCCAGGAUUCAUUGUGGGAAGGACACUGACACUGUGUGCCAGCCCUGUCCUCCGGACACCUACUCAAAGGAGAGCAGUGUCCAGGAGCCCUGCAAAGCCUGUACCCAUUGCAAUCAGAGCAAAGUUGUGGUCCUGGCCUGUACUCGACUCUUUGACACCCUUUGCAUGGAUGAGGAACUGCACAUCCUGAUCCGUGAUGCAGAAGCCAAGGGUGCAGACUCCAACGUCUCCUCCACCUUCCCCUUGCCUCCCAGGGACUCUGGUGUUAUCAUCCCCAUCUAUUGCUCCCUGCUGGCAGCUGUGGUGGUGGGACUCCUAGCCUAUGUUGCUUUCAAGAGCUGGAGAACCUGUAAACAGAAACAGCAGCUAGCAAAGGCUCGGGUUGGGGAGCUGGGUGUUGCUGAGGGGGAGAAGCUACACAGUGACAGCAGUAUCUGCCUGGACACAACAGGACUCCAUGAACACCAUGUGGGCAAAGGGGCCCAGCCGGAGGCCUGUCAGUGGCGUCUCUAUGAGCAGCUCCCCAGGGGACAACAAGAGGAGGUGGAGCAGCUGCUGGUGGCAGGCAGCCCACCCAGAGCAGGCUGGCAGGUCUUGGCUAAGCAACUGGGCUAUGAAGCUGAGGCUGUGGAAAUGAUGGGCCAGGGCCCAGCACCUGCUCACACCUUGCUACGCAACUGGGCCACUGAAGGUGGGGCUAGAGCCACCCUUGAGGUCUUGGAGACAUCACUGAAGGCAAUAGGCCGAGAAGAUGUGGCUAGGGCCCUGUGGAGUCCUGACGAGGGUAAUUCCAUAGUAUGAAUUUUGGGCCCUGGCUGUCAACCUGGGACUUUCCCUCCCUUCCUCCACCACCCUACUUCUCUCAGGGAAACAUGGUUGGCUGCUUUGACUUCAGGGUCCAUCUACUUCUCUCAUCCAGACAGGCCUCUGGUACCUCUGCCCGUGAGGAAGGCUUAUGAGGCCCCCACGGCCUGUUUCCCUGGCCCCUGGAGGUUGUUUGUAAUGUCCAAUGGAUAGCAAUGGGCUUUGGUCCCUGUUUUCCUGCCCCACAGUGAAGUCCCUUGAGGCAUAGGGGCUGGAUGGAGUAAUGGAAGUAAUGGCACUUCCUGCCAGGAUGGCAAGUUUCCAGUUCUUUGAAGUAGGAAUUAGGCUUAGGUAGAGAGAGCCUCCAAAUCUGUACCUCUACACCAAUAUUUGGUCUCACAGUAUGUUUCCA